AUGACAAAACAGAUUGGAAGUAGCCUUGGCGGUGGUGUCUCCCGGGCUCAGAACAACACAGCAAGAGUACCUCAAAAAGGUAUUCGAUCCAACUCUUUUUUGUGUCAAACGCUUAUCGUCUGUUUCCGUAUUCGCGCGUUCGCAUCCUACACCAUUCUUGGCAGUACCGUUCCGGCAAACUACGUCACCCCAAAUACUAGAAGACCACACACCAUCCUUUACGGCACCGCGGAUUUUCGAAAAGCUCGAACCGAUUGCAGCAACGAUCAACCCACUCCAGUCACCUCACUUGGUAGUUUCCUUCCACUGUGUAUCGUUUGA